GUAAGUGAGAAGUAAAUUCAGGCUUGGUUGGUUAUACUUCAGUAAAGAUUCAUGGCUCUUCCGGAAAAGAGGAUUCGUAGAGCGGCUCGCGCCGCCGAGAAAAGAGUAGUGCGUGAGGCAACGCACUACCUUGAGCACAUUUUUGCGGAUUUGGACAGCGUGUCCUUGAUGGCACCGCCGCCGGUUAUUGAAGAGGAGAAUUUGAGUCUUGUGUUGAAGAGUCAUCCUAACGAAGGAACAAUUUCCGAGGGUCUGCGUUUGCUAGAAGAAUUAGAGUCGCAAUCUUUUCAGCCUCCCUCUAGCACAGAGGAUUGGCGAUUCUUUGAGGUCUUCGAGCGCCGUGUGCUCGGUUUUAAGAAUAUCGCUCUCUUGAAGCGUCUGAACGAAUUGUUUCAUCCGCAGGAUCCAACUGCGUGGAAAUUGGUUUUAAACGGUGGCACUUGUGAAGGGACAGUGUUUUGUCCUUUAAGUUGGCCUGCUCGGAGGAAAAAAACGGCUGACGAUAAGAUAGAAGGGAUUAUUAAGAAGUGUAAGGUUAGCUCUUUUAAAGACAGAGCGUCGCCUGCAUUUUUGGAACCCGAAGCUAUUAAAAGAAUUUGGGACACUUCGAUAGAAGAAGUUGGCACUGGCCUUCUAGAAGGGCCGUUUGAUCUUGAUGGCUUGAGUGAUGAAGUUGAAUUCUUAGUGCCCCGGUUUGCUGUUUUUCAAAAACAGAAGUAUAGGAUGAUAGAUGAUGCGCGGGCUUUCAACCACGAUUGCCAGUUAGAUAGAGUUAUACCGUUGCCGUCGCCGUUGCAGGCGUUGGCCAUGGCAACAGCCACGGCUCGUCUGCAAGCAAAUGCGGACUUGAAUCCGAGGCUAGUAGAUUGUUUUAGUGUUAACUCGCGUAAGAGAAAGGCGCCGGCGAAAGCGGCAGCUUGUGAACAGAGUGAAUUUGUACAGGUUUUGUUACGGGAAAACUAUGAUUUGGGCAGUAAAAUUAGUGAACAGGAAAAUGUAGAUGGUGUUGUUGUUGAUAUAGAAAAGGCCUAUAAGACGAUUGGGAUCGUGAAGGGGCACGAGAAAAGUAAUUAUAUAGCAGUUUUUGACCCGAAGAAUGAAAAAUGGGUCGCUUUUAGAGGUUUGUCACUUGUUUUUGGUAAUACGCAUAGUGUAGUUGUUUGGGUGCGUGUGGCACAAUUGUUGAGUAGUUGCAUACGGGGUCUUUUCAGCAUACCCAAUUCCGUUUUCAUAGACGAUUUUCAUUCUUUCAUACGGUCCGGGCUGGGGCCACGGACAGCUUUUGCAUUAUGUACAUUUUUUGAUAAGGUUGGUUGGUCAUACAAGUUGGAAAAAAUUGAUGUAUCAAAUGAAUCUGUGACACUCCUUGGCUUAGUUUUCUCAUUAGUCGGCCAUCCUUCGUUGACCAUUUCAGACGAGAGGAAGGCGAUGUAUAGUAGUAUGUUGGAAGAAAAAAUGUCUCAGAAAUUUUUGUCCCCUAACGAAGCAGCCUCCCUUUAUGGGAAACUGAGCUUCGCACUUUGCUCCGUUUGUGAUAGGCGAUUGCGUCCUCUUAUCAGACCGCUUAUGGUCAGGAUGUUUCAAAAUAACAAAGAUUUCUCCUUGAAUAAAGCGUUGGCUCUCAGCUUGCGCGCCUGUGCGGACUUGAUUAAGGUUCUUCCCCCGCGGAAACUCACCGUUUCGCCGGUGAGGUUUUUAGUAUAUACUGACGCCAGUUGGCGUAGAGGCAAAGGCGUGCUCGCUGGAGUCCUCGUUUUUCCAGAAAGGGUAAACAGGGAAAGUGGAAGUUUAGGUAAGGUUCUGAUGUGGAGGCUCGCGGUUAGCGAGUCAGACUUACAUCCGUCUGUGGCAAAGUUCCCUAUAAACUUUCUUGAAGCGGUGGCUGCGAUCAUUGCGCUGAAGGUGUGGAUAAAGUUGUUGAGUAAUUCCCGGUGCGUUUUCCUCUUGGAUAACUGCGCGGCGGAAGGUACGCUUCAUAGGAUGAAUAGUGGGCGGCCUUCUAUGUCGUUAUCGGCGUUCUAUUUUUGGUUGAUAGCUAGUGAGUUUUCUGUGUCGCCUGAGUUGGGCCGUGUGCCCAGUGAAUCUAAUGUUAGUGACCUGCCUACGAAGAAUGACGAAAUGUUUAGGAAAUUUCAGGAGGCGUUUGAUUAUGAUGAAUGGUUCUUGUCAGAAGAGGAUAGGGCGUUUAUUUUUAAGUUCAUGAAGUUCGAAGUUCAACAUGCGGAAAUUUUGACUUGUGCAUAA